AAGUAGAAUUGUCAGUGAGCAAUUAUUUCUGCAAUGGGUUUGCUAAACAGCAAAACUAGUUUCCAGCAUGUAAACGCGGAUUUUCGUCAAUAAAAUCGUGUAAGCCUCUAACGAGACGACACCCAGGAUGUCUGACGUCAUAGAGAAGACCAUCGCUUCCCUCCCGAAGUUGUUCUCUGACGGCAUCCGGGGAUCAGCGGCGGAUAAAAACACGUCUAACAAAAAGCUGAUGGGGAGGGCAUUUCAUGUCUUUAUCAGAAGUGUCUGCAGGUGUCGCAACUUAGCGGAGGAAAAGGCAUUUGUUGCCCAUGAACUGGAACAAAUCAAAGAAAAUUUAAGCAGAGCUGGUGUUUCACAGGACUCUGUGUGUGACAACCUUUGUCGUCUAGUGUUCUGUCACAUUCUCGGUUAUGAUGUGUCUUUUGGUCUCAUCUACACAAUGAAGCUGGCACAGCAAGGUUCUGGACUAGAAAAAAGAAUUGGUUACACGACUGCCAUGUUACUCAUUCACCAGGAUCAGGAACUAGCUCUGCUGUUGAUGAAUACCAUUCAGAAGGAUCUGAGCAGCACUAACAUUCUGGAUAACUGUAUAGCCCUGUCAGCUGUGUGUCAUUUGGUCAGAUCAGAGGUCGGUGCCAUCAGCAUGUUCCUACCCCUGGUACAGAAGAAACUACAACAUCCAAGAGAAUUGGUAAGAAUGAAGGCAGCUUGUUGUAUCCUGAGGUUUAUAAGGAUCAUCCCCAGCUACCAACGCCACCUAGAGGACAACUGUAGAAAGCUUCUGUAUGACAAAGAUCCAGGGGUCAUGUCAAUAGGGGUCAAGAUUCAGCUAGAGCUGCUUAAGGGAGGAAAUCAAAACAGCCAGAACUUGACCUCUGACCUAAUCAAAAUUCAACAGCAGAUUAUGAACAGAAGUCUCCCAUCAUCCUUUGAGUAUCAUGGCAUCCCAUUGCCAUGGCUUCAGAUUGACAUACUGAGGGUUUUGGCAGUUCUUGGUAGAGCAAACAAAAAAAACAGUGAAGACAUGUACCCCCUGCUGAGAGAGCUUCUGGAUAAAAUUAACAUGAGGGAGAAAAUGGCUUACGCUCUCAUGUAUGAAUGCAUUGUGACCAUCACCAGUAUUGUACCCCAUCGAGGCCUUCUGAGUGAAGCAAGUAUCAGAGUGAAGAAAUUCAUCUCCUCAACAAGUUAUGUCCUCAAGUACAUAGGUGUGAAGGCCCUGACACAUCUGAUCACUGUGAGCCCUGAGAGCACCACUGACUGUCAGAUGAUUGUAGUAGAGCUUCUAGAUGACCCAGAUCCAGCCAUCCAAUCAAAGACUGUUGACCUUCUGUACAGUAUGUCCAAUGAGAGCAAUGUCAAGGUUGUUUGUAGUAAGCUGGUGGAACACCUGAAUCGCCCGGGGAGUGAUUUCACCAAGUCAGAACUCAUCAGAAAAAUUGUCACCCUAACAGAGAACAAAUAUAACCAAGAUGGUGUCUGGGUCUUUGACGUCACCUUGAUGAUUCUAAAAGUGGAACGAAACAACUUACCCGAAAACCUAGUGGAGAGGCUGCUGAAAAAUCUUGUCAAAAUUUUAGACCUACCUGUUCAAACCAGUAAGGUACCGGAGACAAUACAGCAUGUUGUUAAGAAGUCUGUUCAGGGAUUGUUCCAGGAGAACUGCUCCAAGGAACUUGUCUGCAUUGCCACCUGGAUUCUUGGUGAGUGUUCAUCCCUGUUGAAGAAUAUGCCAGAAGACAAGAUUAUGUCCCUUCUCCAGAAGCAGUUCCUCAGGUCGUCACUAGGUGUCACCACACGUCUGUGGAUUCUGUCAUGCCUGACUAAUCUCCAGUGUGGGGGGAUAUUGAAAUCUGGAGUGGUGAGAGAGGUUAUAGAGAAAAUGAGAGGAGUUGUACAGGAAUUUACACUACAGCAGAAACUUGCUGAAUGUCAGAGACUGUGUGAGUCACCAUUAGCAAUAGAUCUUCGUACAGAAGAGUUGGACACUGCAGAGCCUGACUUCACCCUGUCUUUUCUGGAUGACUUUGUGACAGAUUCCCUGGAGAGUGGAUCAAAGCCCUAUAUGCACAGAAAUCUACGGAUACCACCACAAGCAAAAGACUCAUUGUUUGCUGGAUUUAAUGAAUCACAACUUGUCAGUGAAUCUGUACACUCAAGUUCAUCAGGAAAAAUUGCAAGUCUGGGAGUGUCAACCAAGUCAGCAACAUCUGACUCAAAAAAUGUUGACCUCAAACUUAAGGGUGUCACCAAAGUUUGGGGAGAAGAAGGGUUUCUGGAGCAGGAAACCAGUCCACAAUAUAUUCCUAAUAAAGAGUCUGACAAAAAGCAGAGGGAACUAGCCAAGAAAAGAGAAUUAGCUGCAGCUUUAUUCAGUGGAUUCGACAGUCAGAAUAAGGUUAGUGAGAAAGAGACUGAAUUACAGGAUCCAUGGGCAGAGGGAGUUCCCUUAACACUGAAUUCUACCUCCACAGACUGGAGAGCUCUCAGUGCUGAAGAAUCAGAUAAAGGAGAUAAUUCAAAGGGAGUCUUAAUGAAUGAUGGUGCUACAACAUCAACCAACUUAUUAGAUUUUUCAGAGCCUAACACAUUGUCAGAAAAUUUUACUUCUAAUGAAGGACUGCUUUCUGACAGUGGACAUAAUAUAGAUGAUGAUGAAAAGAAAAGUUUUACCAACAGUCCACCAUGCAUGGAAUCACAAUACCAGGAAAAGGACUUAAAUUUAGAGAAAACAGAGUUUUAUAGCAGAGAACCACCUCCUCUUAGUAAUGAAGAUUUUUCUGAAGAUGGGGCAAGUUAUCUGGAUAAUCAGCCAUUUUCUGGUUGUGAUGAAGAUUUGGAUGAAGGAAACCUUAUGUUUAGUCAGGAAAAUAUGGAAAGUUUUAGUCAGUUAAAUUUAGAUACCUCUCAUACCAAAGACGAGGAAAGUGAAAGUAGCUCAUUCAAUAAAAUGAAAGUAAAUUCUAACAGUUUACAAAGUGAAAGUCCAGACAAUGAAGCUGUUGCAAAACAGCUAAAUCUUGAGGAAGACAAUUUAUAUAGUCAGUAUAAUGCAUUGAGUGAUUGUGAUGAUUCAGAUAACAGUGAUAGUGUUUGCUGAAACAAAAGUAUUUUAUUUAAUUAUUAAACAAUAGUUAGGUUAGUGAUCAAGGCUUUAACAAACUUUCAGGAAUUUCCUUUUCAACAUGCAUACAUGAUUAUACAUAAGGUUUAACUAUGAGACUUUUUGCAUGCGUUUAAUAUGAUGUACAGUAUGUUAUCUUCCAAGCAAAAACAAAAGUAGUUUAUUCAUUUCCUAAACAAUAGUAAAGUUAGUGAUCAAGGGUUAAAAAAAACUCUCAGGAACGUUCUUCUCAGUGUGCAUAUUACUUAAGGUUUAUUCUUGAGACUUGUGCAUGUAUUUAAAAUGAAGUAUCUUAUCUUCUUAGCUAUGUUUUUUGCCCAUAUAGAAAUGUGAUAUGCCUGAUACUGUGAUAAAGUGCAUGAACAAGA